AUGCUCUCUCGGUCGAUUUACCGUCAGAGAUUGAUGCUGACAUCUCCUCAACAAGCUGCACUGGCUAAAUCCCUCUCUCCUAUCAUCUCCAAACAAGCCAAUGCCCUCACUCGCAGACAAUUGUCCUCCACCCAGUCCCGUUUAGCCCCCCCAGGUGUCGGACCCUCUUCCUCCGAUAAAAAAUCUUGGGGCUUUUGGAAAACUCUUUGGAGACUCACAUAUACCUCUCUAAUUGUCGCAACUGCCGUCACCGGAUAUAGCAUUUAUGAAACCCGUCAUCCUCAGGACCAAGUCCCUCCAGCUCCAGGUAAAAAAACCCUUGUCAUUCUUGGAACUGGCUGGGGCUCUGUCUCUCUUUUAAAGAAAAUUGAUGCCUCUGAAUAUAACAUUAUUGUGGUCUCUCCUAGAAACUUCUUCCUCUUCACCCCUCUGCUCCCCUCUUGUACUACAGGCACUGUCGAACACCGCUCUAUCAUGGAACCCGUCCGUAACAUUAUUCGCAACAAGGAAAACUCUGUCACCUACUACGAAGCUGAAGCUACCUCGGUCGACUAUGAUAAUCACAAGCUUACCAUCCAAGAUGCUGUCAACCACUCGGAAAAGGUUCUCGAUUAUGACUACCUCGUCAUUGGUGUCGGAGCCCAAAACUCUACCUUUGGUAUCCCCGGUGUCGAGCAAAAUGCCUGCUUUUUAAAGGAAAUCCCCGACGCUCAGAAAAUCCGCAAGAAGAUUAUGGACUGUAUUGAAUCUGCCUCGUUUUUGGACCUUGAUGACGAAGAACGUAAGCGCUUCCUCCACACCGUUGUUGUCGGAGGUGGCCCCACUGGUGUUGAGUUUGCUGCUGAAUUACAAGACUUUUUCGAAGAAGACUUGAAGAAAUGGAUCCCAGAAAUUGCAAAGGACUUUAAGGUUACUCUUGUUGAGGCCCUCCCCAAUGUUCUCCCCUCCUUUUCCAAACAACUUAUCCAAUACACUGAAAAUACCAUGAAGGCUGAACAAAUCACUGUCAUGACCAAAACAAUGGUCAAGAAGGUUGAUGAAAAGAAUAUCUAUGCUGAAGUUACCAAGGCUGAUGGCUCAAAGGAAAUGAUGGUUCUUCCCUAUGGUCUCCUCGUCUGGGCUACUGGUAACUCUACCCGCCCUGUCACCCGUGACUUGCUUUCUCGUGUUGCUAGCCAGCGUGGCUCCCGCCGUGGUCUUCUCGUCAAUGAGUACCUCGUUGUCGAAGGUACUUCCGACGUUUGGGCUCUUGGUGACUGCACGGCUACAAAGUAUGCCCCCACCGCCCAAGUUGCUGCCCAGCAGGGUGUCUACCUUGCCGGUCUCUUUAACCAACUUGCCAGAGCCGAGGAUAUUGAGUCCGAAGUCAACAAACUUGAGUCUCUCGCCAAGACUACUACUAAUGACUCGGACCGUAAGGCCGUGCUUGCUGAAAUGGAGGCCAAGGCUCGCAAGUUGCGCCGCACACGGUCGCUGCUGCCGUUUGAGUACUCCCACCAGGGUUCGCUCGCAUACAUUGGUUCAGACAAGGCUGUUGCCGACCUGACAUUUUGGGGUGAUACCUCCAACUUUGCCACGGGUGGCCAGCUGACUUACCUCUUUUGGCGGUCAGCUUAUAUUUCCAUGGUCUUUAGCACACGUAACCGUUUGCUGGUGAUUAUGGAUUGGCUCAAGGUUAAGAUUUUUGGCAGAGACGUUUCGAGAGAAUAA